CCUGCCAGUCCUAUUUACUCUCCUUCAGCUCUGGGUGUGGUGUCCCUCCAUCUGUUCUGGGUGGCUUCUUUUUUGCCUUACAACUCACGGAUCUGUCAGAAAUGGUGGCUGAAGUCACCAUCUACUUCUUAUUACUCUGACAAUCUGCAGGAUGACAUCCAAUAUAGUGCUCUGUAAAUAACAACAGCAAGUAUAGAGGAGCCAGAGGGAAAAGGAGGCAGAACUUGGAAGCUACAACCAGGACUUGGAGCCGACUUUUAAUUGUGGUUGAGCUGAGUCAGUCUAGCCGGCAGAGCCAUGGAGCCGGGGCUUGGAAACUUUUGACUUGCAUUUCAGUGACUAAGAGCUGCUUCCAGUUUUAGGUUUGAAAAUGUAGUUCUCCGGUGAGACAUGAAGGAGCUGUUGUAGCGGUGAAAGGAUAAAUAUAUUUCUUUUCAACAAACUGGAGCAGAAACAGGUCGGAAUUUCAGAAGCGAUAUGACUUUGACUUUUAACAUUUCUUGCAUUAUUUGUAAUAGUAAGUGGAAGUUGCAUGAUCCUGGGAGCAGUUAUACAAAGUAGUGCAUGCCAUACAGAUGCCUGAAAACCAAUUACACCUUCUUAUCCUGCAUGAGAUAGCACCAUGUUGCACUUUAGUCCAGAUAUGAACAGUUUAAAUGGUAACCACAAUGUUGACGUUGUUGGGAAAGCUUUAUAACAUCCCACCACUUUCUUUUAUGAGCGACUGAUGAGCGAUGGAGGAGCAAAAAGCCAUCCUGAAGUUUUUCAGGACUCUCUCAGAGGAGGAGAAUGAGGACAUAAUGCAAGAAGACAAGGAGCGAUCACAGAGUUUUAAUGUAAAGAAAAAUAGGGAUAUUACUUUUGAAGAUGCUGUGGAGAACAGUAGAUACUCUUUAUCACAUGUUAUAUUGCCUAAUGAAGGGGAGAAGUUGACCUCUAACUCAGUUGGACAUGUAACUAGGAGAGAAGCAGGAAGUGACUCAGACAUGAUAGAGGAGGAGAGGAAUAAUGUCAACCUAACAGAGCAGCAAAGCGUGGCUGUGAACGCUGAAAAUGGCUCAGAGAAACAGAGCUCUGCAACAAAUGAAGACCAAAAUAAGAUGCCAGACGGACACUGUGACAAAGUUAACAGCUGCAACAAAGAGGGUUGUCACAUAUCGGAGAACUCGCUGGAUGAAUGUGCCUUGAAGGAAUCUCUGCAACCAAAUACAGGUUGGGAUUGUGUUGCACCAGUCAGUCUCAAGCAGGAUGACACUGAAGAAGACGACCAGAGAGGAACAAAAGACACUAAAAAGGUUCACUUCAGGGAAGAUGUUACAAGUAGUUCCAGUUCGGAUGUGGGUUUUGACCCCGAGGAAUCUGCCAAAAGUAGAUCUAAAACCAAACAUGUAGUGAUAACGUUAACUCGGACAAGAUCUGCAGUUGAGGAAACGGUUGAACCGAUAAUAACACCAACACUGGAGCAGACCGGUGGCCCUUCCUGCUUUACAGAUGACGAUGAAGAGGAGAGGGCAGGUGCAGAAGAGGACAGCGAAGACGAAGAAGAGAAAAGAGAUGCAUUUCCAGACUUCUCCGCCCAACCUCACCAUCCUCCCAGCCCAAAAGACACUUCAAAUAUUUGUAUAACAUCUGCAGCUAAAAACCCUCCUCCUGGAUCCACCUUCACCAGAGCCACCUUCACCCCAGGCUCCCCCACCGACAAGCCGCUCCCGGCCCUCUUCAGUGGCCUGAGGGUCCUGAGGAAGGGGGUAGUCGGGCCCGAGCAUGACACCGUGGCCCAGAUCAAACCUUCAUCUCAAGGAGCAAGGAGGGAAAUCUACCCAGAGAGGCAAGGGGAUGCUAAAGUUCAGGGGAACUUCCUGGACCAGAUCUCCAAUUUACUGAACAGGGAAAAGAGAGGAGAUGAGAAAGAGGAGAGGGAGGAAAUGGAGGCUGAGGGAGACCAGGAUGAGAAUGAGAUUGAAGAAAGUCAAGAGGAUGAGAGGAAAGACCUUGAAACCGAGGAAGAUGUUUUAAUCGAGUCCACGAAACCUUCUCUGUCCAGUGCAGAGGCUGCAUUCGAUGCCUUCAAAGCUUUUUUCACCCCAAAGCCUUUGAAGAAGGACCCAGCAGAGAAGGUGGACCUGGAGGCCAUGAGGAAGAAGAUAAAAGCAGAUAAAGAUGUGCUAAGAGCACUUUUUGAGAGAUCCUCCAAAAAGACAGCAGAGAAGAAAGACUCACCUGAUGGCAAAUCAGAAGCAUCCAACUCAGGAGAGGGAGAGGAAAGAACUCCUGGUCGUCUACAAGCCGUCUGGCCACCACUUAAAGAGGAAAAGGUUGGGCUCAAGUACACAGAAGCAGAGCACCAGGCUGCUCUCCUGCAACUGAAGAGAGAAUGUAAAGAGGAGCUGGAAAAGUUACAGGAGGACUUUGGUCAGGAACUCUCCAGACUGAGGUUGGAGAACAAGGACAAUGUCGCCCAUCUGGAGCUCACUCUGGCCGAGCUGCAGGCUGAACUCUCCCAGGGUGGGACCCGCCAACGUGGAGAAUGCAAAGAUGUCGCUGUAUCAACGGGAGAUGACUUUUUAAACAAAUCUUUCCGCACAGUCUGCAUCCAGACCGACCGGGAGACAUUUGUAAAGACUCCUGAGGAUGGAGAAGGUGCGGGGAGAGCCUACACGAGCCCUCAGCAGCAGAAGUUGACCCCCAAAAAGCUGGACCUGGCUUCUAUCAGCCUGAGCCUGGCCGGGCAAAGAGACGAUACUUUAUCUUCCCCAUCUUAUGACCCUCCAUCCCAAACUCUUCCUCCAACUGGAACCAUGCAACCUCCAUCAGAACAACCACCCGCUCCUUCUCAGACCACCAAAACAGGCAAUCUGCCUCUUCCUCCACCUCCACCUUGUUUGUCUUCGCCCCUAAACCACAUGCAGCCGUCAAAUGGCCCUCCACCGCCACCACCUCCUCCUCCAUCCAUGCCUGGCCUUAUGCCCUCUCCACCUCCUCCUCCAUCCAUGCCUGGCCUUAUGCCCCCUCCACCUCCUCCUCCAUCCAUGCCUGGCCUUAUGCCCCCUCCACCUCCUCCUCCAUCCGUGCCUGGCCUUAUGCCCCCUCCACCUCCUCCUCCAUCCAUGCCUGGCCUUAUGCCCCCUCCACCUCCUCCUCCAUCCGUGCCUGGCCUUAUGCCCCCUCCACCUCCUCCUCCAUCCGUGCCUGGCCUUAUGCCCCCUCCACCUCCUCCUCCAUCCAUGCCUGGCCUUAUGCCCCCUCCACCUCCUCCUCCUCCAUCUGUGCCAGGCUUAGCUCCCCCUCCACCUCCUCCUCCAGUUGGGGGUUUCAAUGUUGAAGUACCUCCCAGGAAACCGACAGUGCAGCCUUCUCGACCCAUGAAGCCUCUUUACUGGACCAGAAUCCAGAUCCAGGACAAGAAGAACAAGACACUGUGGAACAUUUUAGAGGAACCAAAUAUAAUAAACGCCAGCGAGUUUGAGGAUCUCUUCGCCAAAACCACCACACAGACCAAGAGGAAGCCGCUGGCAGAGACUUACCAGAAGAAAGCCAAAACCAGGAAGAUCAUUAAGCUGUUGGAUGGGAAGCGCUCUCAGGCCGUGGGCAUCCUUAUAUCUAGCCUCCACCUGGAAAUGAAAGACAUACAACAAGCUGUCCUGGCAGUGGAUCACUCUGUGGUGGACGUGGAGACAAUUGAAGCACUGUAUGAAAAUAGAGCGCAGCCAGAGGAACUGGAGAGAAUCAAGAAACACUACGAGACGUCAGAGGAAGAGGAAGUUAAACUGCUGGACAAACCUGAACAGUUCCUGUAUGAGCUGUCUCAGAUCCCAGACUUUGCAGGCAGAGCUCACUGCAUCAUCUUCCAGUCGGCCUUCAUCGAUGGGAUCGCGUCCAUCCAACACAAGCUCAACACAAUUUCAUCUGUCUGUAAGGCUCUGCUGGAGAGCGACGGUGUGACGGAGGUGAUGGGACUGGUGUUGGCUCUGGGGAACUACAUGAACGGAGGCAACAGGACCAGAGGUCAGGCCGAUGGCUUUGGCCUGGAGAUUCUACCCAAACUGAAGGAUGUCAAGAGCAAGGACAAUCGUAUCAGCCUGGUGGACUACAUGGUGUCGUACUACCUGCACAAUGUGGAUAAGCACGCCGGCACAGAUAAGAGUAUCUUCCCACUUCCUGAACCUCAGGACGUCUUCCUGGCUGCACAGGUCAAGUUUGAUGACCUCAACAGAGACCUGAGACAGCUCGGACGAGAUCUGACAAGAUGCGAAAAAGAUGUACAGAAGGUUUGCUCUGAUUCUCCUGGAAAAAACCUGCAGCCGUUUAAGGACAAGAUGGAGGCUUUUGUUCUCAGCGCAAGAAAAGAACACGCACAAGCUUCCUAUCAGUUGAUGACUGUACAAAAAAGUUUUCAGGACUUGGUUCUGUACUUUGGACUGAAGCCCAAAUCGGGAGAGAAGGAGGUGACCCCCGGUCAUCUCUUGAUGCUCUGGUUUGAGUUUUGUGCCGACUUCAAGGCCAGGUGGAAGAGGGAGAACAAGACCAUCUCUAACGAGAGAUUAAAAGAGGCUCAGCUGUCAGUGAAGAGAAUCACAGCGGAGAAGAAGGUAGAGACCAGAAAGAUCAACCCUAACAGCCUGAAAGAGAGACUGCGUCAGAAAGAAGCCAACAUGUCUUCAACAUAGAGACUUACGAAAGGAGGUAUACAACACCGAUACAUCGUGUUCAUCCCACUAGAUGUGGACAACGAUACCAAACCAAUUGUUUAUUAGUUAACACAAGAUUAACUCUACAGAUUAAAAAAAA